GGGAGGUGCCCCUGCGUCGGGGGAGCCGCCGCGAUGGCCAGCACCAGGAGCAUUGAGCUGGAGCACUUCGAGGAACGGGACAAAAGGCCGCGGCCGGGGUCGCGGAGGGGCGCGCCCAGCUCGUCCGGGGGCAGCAGCAGCUCGGGCCCCAAGGGGAACGGGCUCAUCCCCAGCCCGGCGCACAGUGCCCACUGCAGCUUCUACCGCACGCGGACCCUGCAGGCCCUGAGCUCGGAGAAGAAGGCCAAGAAGGCGCGCUUCUACCGGAAUGGGGACCGCUACUUCAAGGGCCUGGUGUUUGCCAUCUCCAGCGACCGCUUCCGGUCCUUCGAUGCGCUCCUCAUGGAGCUCACCCGCUCCCUGUCGGACAACGUGAACCUGCCCCAGGGCGUCCGCACCAUCUACACCAUCGACGGCGUGAGAGUUACGUGUGUGCAUCCAACGAACCAUUUCGUAAAGUCGAUUACACCAAAAAUAUCAAUCCGAACUGGUCUGUGAACAUCAAGGGGGGGACCCCCCGAGCCUUGGCCUCCUCCUCCUCCGUGAAAAGCGAAGUCAAAGAAAGCAAAGAUUUCAUCAAACCCAAGUUGGUGACUGUGAUCCGAAGUGGAGUGAAGCCCAGAAAAGCCGUGAGGAUCCUUCUGAAUAAAAAGACUGCUCAUUCCUUUGAGCAGGUCUUAACAGAUAUCACCGAAGCCAUUAAACUCGACUCAGGGGUGGUCAAGAGGCUCUGCACCCUGGAUGGAAAGCAGGUUACUUGUCUGCAAGACUUUUUUGGAGAUGAUGAUGUUUUUAUUGCAUGUGGACCUGAAAAAUUCCGUUACGCCCAAGAUGACUUCGUCCUGGAUCACAGCGAAUGCCGUGUCCUGAAGUCAUCUUAUUCUCGAUCCCCAGCUGUUAAGUACUCAGGAUCCAAGAGCCCUGGGCCCUCCCGACGCAGCAAAUCACCAGCUUCAGUAAAGAGGGGUGGCCACUACUCCAGUGCCUAUUCUACAGCCAAAUCCCCAGUUAAUGGAACUCCCAGCAGCCAACUCUCCACUCCUAAAUCUACGAAAUCGUCCAGUUCCUCUCCAACCAGCCCUGGAAGUUUCAGAGGACUAAAGCAGAUUUCUGCUCAUGGCAGAUCUUCUUCUAACGUCAACGGUGGACCUGAACUCGACCGUUGUAUGAGUCCCGAAGGUGUGAAUGGGAACAGGUGCUCGGAAUCAUCCACUCUUCUUGAGAAAUACAGGGUCGGGAAGGUCAUCGGCGAUGGCAAUUUCGCAGUCGUCAAAGAGUGUGUGGAGAGGUCCACUGGAAAGGAGUUCGCCCUAAAGAUCAUAGACAAAGCCAAGUGCUGUGGAAAGGAGCACCUGAUUGAGAACGAGGUGUCCAUCCUGCGCCGCGUGAAGCACCCCAACAUCAUCAUGCUGGUGGAGGAGAUGGAAACGGCAACAGAGCUCUUCCUGGUCAUGGAACUGGUCAAAGGUGGAGAUCUCUUCGAUGCAAUUACUUCUUCAACCAAGUACACCGAGAGAGACGGCAGUGCCAUGGUGUACAACCUCGCCAACGCCCUCAGGUACCUCCACGGCCUCAGCAUCGUGCACAGAGACAUCAAGCCGGAGAACCUCCUGGUGUGUGAAUAUUCCGAUGGAACCAAGUCUUUGAAACUGGGAGACUUUGGGCUGGCGACGGUGGUGGAAGGUCCUUUGUACACCGUCUGUGGCACACCAACUUACGUGGCUCCAGAAAUCAUUGCCGAAACCGGCUACGGCCUGAAGGUGGACAUCUGGGCAGCCGGCGUGAUCACGUACAUCCUCCUCUGUGGGUUCCCUCCCUUCCGAAGUGAGAGCAAUCUCCAGGAGGACCUCUUCGACCAGAUCUUGGCGGGGAAGCUGGAGUUCCCAGCUCCGUACUGGGACAACAUCACAGACUCAGCCAAGGAGCUAAUCAGUCAGAUGCUGCAGGUAAACGUGGAAGCUCGGUGUACUGCGGGGCAGGUCCUGAGUCACCCCUGGGUGUCGGACGAUGCCUCGCAGGAGAACAACAUGCAGGCCGAGGUGACAGGUAAACUCAAACAGCACUUUCACAACGCGCUCCCCAAGCAGAGCAGCACCACCACCGGGGUCUCCGUCAUCAUGUCCGGGGAAGUCAGAGCUGCCACGGAGUCAGGACACCCAGACUUUGAAAAGAGCCACCCUGUGAGCCAGCAGCCUGAGACCCCAGAGGACUCGGAUGGACAGGGACGGCCGAGUGGACCUUGCCACACUCACUGUGAGAACACGGCUCUCGAUAAGGAGGGGCAGAUUUUCUGCAGCAAGCACUGUCAUGACAGCGGCCGCCCGGGGCCUGAGCGGGCCUCUCCAGCUCCUCCCUUGGCCGAGAAGCCCCCUGUGACCCAGGAGGCAGCCCCAGCCCCUCCGGAACCCCCCACCGCCUCCUGUCCUCCCAACGCCAACGCCACCAGCCGAGAGCGCGCGGGGACUUGGCGGCGCCACCGGGACUGAGCCUCCUGCAGACGGGCUGAAGUUGCUCCCCGCUUGGCCUCUGUCCCCCUCUCCUCCCUCCUGACGGCUUGGCUGCAAGGUGGCCGGUGUCCCGAGCCUGGUGCUGGGGCCAGGGCUGGGCCCGGCCUCGCCACGCGCGCUGGGCUCUGCCUUCUCCUUCCGAGUUGGCUCUGGUGACAGAUGCUCGGAAGGGCGCGUUUUAAAUCAUCCGUGUUUUCAGUUCAGCGGACGUUCUGCGGCUUUCCUGGGAGAAUGCGCGACUUUAUCCAGCAUUAAAUGCGUUUUUAUAGAAACACUCUGGAUGAACCCACGCCUCUCCUUAUUUAAGUGACUCAAGUGCUCCUUUUUUAAAACAAAGGACGUAGAACUGCAUUUGUCCCGUGGCGGGUGUCCUGGGAGAGGCUAUAGGACGCCCUCCUGCUAAGGUGGCCCGAGGAGACUGGCUUCCUAGUAGGAGACACGAGCAGCCAAGAGGACAAUCUGGUCUGGACGCUGGUCCCAAACUCUGGGAAGUGCUUUCCCGGCCCAGCCGGCUACACGGCCAUGUGGCACGGGGUGCCGGGCUUCCCUGAGACAGCUCCAGGCAUUUCUCUGUGCAGAGGCCACGGGAGAAGGACGCUUCCUCCCUGGCCAUCAUGUGUGACCCCUUCCCACGUGUGUGUUAGGGAACGCCAGCGAGGCGACCCCGGGUGAGCGAAGGCGUGGUGCGUGGGGCCUCUCCCAUGGUGAGCUUCACAGCAGGCAUUACGGCAGGGAGUGGCCUCGGUGUCCCCUGAGUGGCCACAGUGUCCACUGGCAUCUUCUGCGUUUCACCUGCAGCUGGGCCGGAAACCGCAGAGGAGCCAGCUGGACCCAGGUGGUCGGGGCGGGCCAGGAAGGGGCUCCUGGGACGUCGUCUGUCACUCCCCUCUGGAAGGCUGCUGGCAGUUUUCCUCCCACCUGCUCUUUUUAAUGUUGUACAUACUCUGUGUUUGUUUUUCCCGCUCGGCUUCCAGACGGCGGGCUCCUAGUUCACCCUCAUUGUUAAAUUUUUGCCUUCCACAAGUGUACCCAACCUGCAAUAAACUUCCUCUUGAGAA